GGUUCUUUAUUUCCUUUCCUUGUGUGUGAGCUUUCUCCUUGUUGUAUAAUAAUAUUACAUAGCUUUUGAAAUUUGUUUGACUUUUGAGAAAUAAGAGACUAGUAGGAAUCAAUACUCUAGCGGUCCAAACCAAACCAAUGGAGGUUGUUUAAAAGAAUAGACUACUGGAAAUGUAUGAGAGUUUAUAUUGCUUCACCGAAUAUGCGUAUGUCCAGCUCUCUACAGAGAGGUUCCAAUAAAAAUAGAAGAAGGCUGAAGAAUAGUUUUUCUUCUCACUUUUUAUCUAAAGGAAAAUGCUCACGAAUCUUAAAAUAACAGCUUAAAUCCCAACAUUUUUCUUCUUCUUUUUCUUCACAAAAGACCCUUUGGCUGCUUCAUCUUCACUAUAUUUCAUUGGCGCAACCAGCCACUAGAGACCCACGCUGCAAAGGAACAAAGGGGAAAAAACGGUUAAAAAAUCAAUUUUCUCCUAAUUACGUACUUCUUCACAACUCUCAGCAUUAGUUAUAUUUGCGGCGUUGUGGGUCGUAGGUUUCAGAGGAGGAGGGCUGCGGCUUCGGUUUCAAUUUUCAAAGGACGACUAGGCGUUGGUUACGAUUUUCAGAGGCAAACUGCUCGGAGUGAGGGACGGGCACCUAGGUCUUUCUGAUGGGGGACCUUGGUGAAAAGCCGCUGCAGAAUAUAUCGGAGUCGUUCAAAGCCCUUGCAGCCAAUAUAAAUUCUGGAAACACCACGGUCGAGGUUGCACCGUUUUCUCGAGCCUGCUCCUUCAUUUCACCUCUUUUUGGUUGCUUGGGCAUAGCAUUCAAGUUUGCAGAAAUGGACUAUGUUGCUAAGGUUAAUGAUCUCGUAGAAUCAUCCAAGUCAAUUGUAUCUCUACAAGCGUUGCUGGACAAAGAUAUUGAAUCUGACUGUGUGAGGAAAGCUGGUAGCCACUCGAGAAAUCUCUUGAGAGUGAAACGUGGGCUUGACAUGGUCAGAGUACUCUUCGAGCAAAUUCUACUUACAGAAGGCAAUUCCUUGAGAGAUCCAGCUUCAAAAGCAUAUGCACAGGUAUUUGCUCCUCACCAUGGGUGGGCUAUCAGAAAAGCUGUUGGGGCAGGGAUGUAUGCUCUUCCUACAAAGGGACAAUUACUAAGCAAGCUCAAAGAAGAUGAAGCCUCAGCCAGAAUCCUGAUGCAAGAUUAUGUGGCUGCUUCUGCUCCUGUGAUUCAGUAUGUUGAAAAGCUCUUCUUCUCCAGAGAUUUGGGCAUAGAUUGGUAAUAUAUCAACUACAGAUUAUUAUCUAAAUACUUUGAGCUCUGUAUAUGUAAUCUAUUAAUGUUUCUUGGCCCCUCACCCAGAAAGGAAAGAAGGAAAAAUAAAAAUGCAAUCAACUAGAAAUCUUUCUUUUGACUUUUAUUGAUGGAUUUGUAUCAUGGAGCGUUGGCCUCCUUCCAUUAAAGAUUAAAAAACAAUACAUGGGAAAAUAAUGCCAUGGUUCGUAUUGUCACUUCGAAAUAUGAGUGGAUAAAGAAAUUUCUAAUGUCAUGAGUAUUAUUGCUGACUAA